AGCUGGUCGUAAAUCUUUGCACUUUUCACUUGGCACUGACCACUGGCUUCCUCCCACUUCUGUGGCCUUAAAUAUUCAUUUGUCGGAGUUGAAAAAUUGAACGAUUCUCGAUUUGGAUCCAGAUUUUUGUCUUUCUUUUUUUUUUUUUUUUGAGCCAUUUAGUAUACCGAUGUGAGAGCUAAAAACUGCAAGCUGGUGACGGGGCCGAGUAAUCGCUGGGUGGAAAUGGUUGCUCCUUAUAUAGUUUGUGUAUUGGACCGAUAUCGCCGUUGGCACAGGCAUCGAUGAGGUCAGGAUAUUAAGCCUUAAUUUAUGCAACGAUUUCUUUGCGCAUCGUGUUUAUCGAACGCCUCUCACAACAUUGCCACACAAAGUGCUCGUUGCUCCAAGGAAGUGACUCAAAAAACGGAAAAGGGUGAGAAGGAAAAUGAAUGAAGCUGGAAAAUGCAGGGCAAUGUCCCAUUAUACAGGGAAAGAUCCAUUAGCCAGACCUUGCAGCUUCUCGAAAGGGAUUUCAUUUAGCUGGAAGCUGGUGGCCAUUUUCGGUGAAAAGUUGACUUUUCUUGCCUGGAUUUACAUACAUUAACCCAAAAAGGUCAAUAUACGUACUAUAAUUUACGAAAAAAAUGAACGCUUUAGCAGAGGAAAAAUCUUAAAUUGUAUUUAAAACAUCGUAACUGGGCUUUUAUCCUGCACUUCAAAUAGCAUUCAAUCAUAUUUUGUUCAUCCCGAAAUGCACCAGAAACUGGGUAAGUUGUUCUGGAUUUUGUGACACUGGAGGAGAAGGAGAUGUGGAGGAAAUGGCGAUGGAAGGAAGGAGGCGACACAUAGAGAUGCAGAAGGCAUAUGGCACAUGGCAUAUGGUUGAAUGCCUGGAUGGCUUGGUGGCCUGGUUGGUUAUCUGCUCCCAUGAGUACCGAAUGUUGGGAGUUGGGAGCUUGGGUGAUAUGGUACCUAAGAGCUAAGAGCUGGGAGAUUGCAUUUUACUCAAGUAAACUGGGGCGCAGCAGCAGGAUAAAACACGAGAAUCAGUCUCGAAACCAAGGAUGCUAUUGCUGCGGCCUGAGUGUGAAUGUCUAUGUUUCGGCUGCUGCUGCUGCUGCUGGUGCUGUUGUAUUGCAGUUGCAGUGUGUGGCAAUGUUGCAAUGUUGCAAGUGAGAAUGCAUCAUUAGUGCAGGAAAGCCACGUGUUGCUGGCGGAAAGAGCGAAGCACUCGGGCUGCAAUAAACCACUGGGAAAUGGGUAUACCACUCUCGAGGGAUGCGAAACCAUGUGGCAAAUGGGGCUAAAACACAAGUGAAGCCAGGCAAAACCAGAGAAGACAUUCAAGUCUCCAUUUCUCUGUCUUUGUCUCUGUCUAAGGCUCUAUCUGCGUCGCCAAGUGGCAGUGAUGGAUAGAUGUCGGCAAUGCAUAGAACAGGACAGCAGUCAACGUUCAUUUCCUUGCCGGGAAAACUAAUAUUCGAGCAGCAUUCGAGUGCAGGAUAGCGAGAAAGAUACUGGGAUACAUGUUAGAAUCUGAACGCUUCACUGCAUCUGCUCGACCAGGGAGAUUGAGUUAUCAAAUGAAUAUUUUAGCCAUUAUAUCAAUUGUUUUUAAAUUUAAAUCUAAUGAAAAGUCAGGGUUAACUUGAUUAAGAACUAGUUUUAAGUUCCUUUUUUGAAAUGAUUCCAUAUUAUACGUUAAAUUUGGUUUAUAUCUACCACUUUACCAGCUUGACUUUAUAAUUUUCAGCAAUCUUCUUGAUUGAUUAGCUUCAGGGAAUGAGAAAUUAAUACCAAUAAUCUAGGUAAAGGACAUAUUUAAAUGCCUUAAGACAGACGCAAAGUUAUAGCCAAGAUGUUAAAUGAACAAAUGAAAAUUUGUAAUUUUAUUAUGUAUUUUUAGAAUGUUUACCGACAAUUUGCCACCUGAAUGAUUUGACAGGCAAAUUAAAGUGACGCCUUAGGAAACGAUGACUUAAUACUCUUAGUGAAAAGCAAAACAAAUCAAAAUCCACUGCGAUAGCAUUGACAGUUUUACAAAAUUUCUAAGUAAUUUAUUUCCUUUUCAAAUUCUCGUGAUUAUUUGCAAUUUAGUGACCAACGACGACGAUGCCCAAACGAGCUCCCUAUACAUGGCGCCAGCCAGAAUUUCCCGGUGACGGAAGCGACCUUUUCUGGCAGAGUCCCACACUGCUAGUCAUCUGCCAAAAUGCCGAUGUGGAGACGGCGAUCCAGCCACUUCUGCGUUCCCUGAAGCAACCCUUUGCACCAGGCAUGGUGGCCAGUAUCUUUGUUCACGAAACGAUGCGUGAUGCAUUCUGUGAGCGAAUGCGCAGCCGAAUGGAACAGAUGCAUCAUCAGGCGGCUAGCCAUUUCAACUAUUUGAAGGCCGUGCAAAUGGUGGAUUGUCUCAAAGCGGAAGUUGUCAGCCAGCUAACGCCGGAUGACAUCAAUUUCCGGUUCAAAAUGACCCCCGGCUCGCCGGUGAUCGUUUGUGAAUUCAAUCAGAGUUUCUUUGGAGGAUCAAAGCCCAGUGCAUUGGUGACGCUGCACACCUUUCGCUAUGCCUCCGAACUGCCCCGCCUGCUGGCCAACGAACGAGUGCCGUUCGCCAGUGCCGCCGUCUGGGGACAUAAGAUGGCCACCGUUUAUGAAGCAGCUCUGCAUUUGGAUCUCACUGUCGUCUAUAUCAACUGCCAGGGGAUUACCAUAAGCCCCAUUGUGGAGUUUCUUGAUGCCCACCAGACGCAUGUGGUGCUGGCCAAGUUUCAUCACUUCGAGGUGAUAUCGCAUGGUGGCAAGUAUCGGAUUAUUAUAUACCCGGCUAUGGUUAUAUGGGAACCACCAAAUCGGCAAUCAGCUGGAGUUGAAGAAACUUCCACGGAGGAGGUAGCGGGGAGCAUUAUGUCACAGACACCUAAGAGCAGCGAAAUUUUAUUGCCAAAAACCAACAUUAAAGUGCUUCGUUUUUAGUUAUGUUAAAUUAUAAUGUACGAUUAUGUUAGACCAUAAAGAGAGUAUUAAGUAUUAA